CCAGCGCAAUCGAACGGUUCUGAGUCAUCUGCCGGAAGCCUUGCCCUCAAUCAAGGCGGACGUGAAGCAUCUACAAAGGAGGAAUAGUCGAAGCAGCAGCGGCGGCAGCAGCGGCAGGAGACCUUCCCUGAUGGAUGACCUCUGUGAAGCAAAUGGCACUUUUGCCAUCAGCUUAUUUAAAAUAUUAGGGGAAGAGGACAACUCAAGAAAUGUAUUCUUCUCUCCCAUGAGCAUCUCCUCUGCCCUGGCCAUGGUCUUCAUGGGGGCAAAGGGAAGCACCGCAGCCCAGAUGUCCCAGGCACUUUGUUUGUACAAGGACGGAGAUAUUCACCAAGGUUUCCAGUCACUUCUCAGUGAAGUUAACAGAACUGGCACUCAGUACUUGCUUAGAACGGCCAACAGGCUCUUUGGAGAAAAGACGUGUGAUUUCCUUCCAGACUUUAAAGAAUCCUGUCAGAAGUUCUAUCAGGCAGAGCUGGAGGAGUUGUCCUUUGCUGGAAACACGGAAGAGUGCAGGAAACAUAUAAAUGACUGGGUGGCAGAAAAGACUGAAGGUAAGAUUUCAGAGGUACUGGAUGCUGGGACAGUCGAUCCCCUGACAAAGCUGGUCCUUGUGAAUGCCAUCUAUUUCAAGGGAAAGUGGAAUGAGCAAUUUGACAGAAAGUACACAAGGGGGAUGCUCUUUAAAACCAACAAGGAAAAAAAGACAGUGCAGAUGAUGUUUAAGGAAGCUAAAUUUAAAAUGGGGUAUGUGGAUGAGGUGCACACCCAGGUCCUGGAGCUGCCGUAUGUGGAAGAGGAGCUGAGCAUGGUCAUUCUGCUUCCCGAUGAUGACACGGACCUCGCCGUGGUGGAAAAAGCACUUACAUAUGAGAAAUUCAAAGCCUGGACAAAUUCAGAAAAGUUGACAAAAAGUAAGGUUCAAGUUUUCCUUCCCAGAUUAAAGCUGGAGGAGAGUUAUGACUUGGAGCCUUUCCUUCGAAGGUUAGGAAUGAUCGACGCUUUUGAUGAAGCCAAGGCAGACUUUUCUGGAAUGUCAACUAAGAAGAAUGUGCCUGUGUCCAAGGUUGCCCACAAGUGCUUUGUGGAGGUCAAUGAGGAAGGCACAGAGGCUGCCGCAGCCACUGCUGUGGUCAGGAAUUCCCGGUGUAGCAGAAUGGAGCCAAGAUUCUGUGCAGACCACCCUUUCCUUUUCUUCAUCAGGCACCACAAAACCAACUGCAUCUUUUUCUGCGGCAGGUUCUCUUCUCCGUAAAGAGGAGCAAUUGCUGUACAUGCCCUCCUUUCCUUCUGCCUACCUUGCCUUAAUUGACAUUCCAUGUGACCCAGUUGGUGCAGUGGCUUGAAUGCCAAAAUAAAGCGUGUGCACUGAAUAGUG